CAGCUUCCCCGCCGCCUUCGCAGCCUCGAGCAGAGGUUGGAGGAACCCCGGGCCCCAGCCACGCCGAGCCGAACGGCCGCAGCGGCGGCGGCUUCCCUUUUCUCUCCCAGGGAGCCCCGGAGCACCUCGCGGACCGGCCUUAAAAAGAGCUGGAAAUCUUGUUUACCGCCCGGGGAGCGGAGCCCAUCGAGCCUUUGUCUGGAAAGUCAGCAUCUCUCGCUCCGGCUGCAAUGUGUUCCUGGUGACACUAGCCUUGGGCAGACCGGCCGCGGCCGGAGAAGGGGGGAGGUCCGCCAGGUUCAGAUCUGGUUUCGGAGGCGGAUCAAGCUGGUGACUUCGGUGCAUUCGUUUUAAUUUUUGGAAAUCUCUCUUUUUUCCCUCCCUCGCCCGCCUCCGGGCAUAUCCUGAUCUGGCGCCCGCUCCUACUGCCCUGGGCUGCCGAUCAAAGCGGUUUCCAGCGGGUCUCCAUCCCUCCCUGCCUGACUUUGCAACACCGCGAUCCAGGCGGAUCGACCUCCGCGAGGAAGGAGGCGGGGGAGCCGCGAACACCCGGACCCAAACCUUGACAUGCUUUCGGGCGGAAAGGAGGAAGCCAGGAGCUGAGCGCACCGCCGGGGUUGCUUCGCUGGCCGGCUCUGAGCGCGGAACUCCAGGCGCCCUGUCCUGCGUCUGGGCGGCAGCCUUGUUGGUCUGGGGGCGAACCACCCCCCAAAUCCCGCCGCUUCCCGCCCCGGGGGUCCGCGGCCGGCAGGACCAUGCUGCUAAAGGAGUACCGGAUCUGUAUGCCGCUCACCGUGGACGAGUACAAAAUCGGACAGCUGUACAUGAUCAGCAAGCACAGCCAUGAACAGAGCGACCGAGGAGAAGGGGUGGAGGUUGUCCAGAACGAGCCCUUCGAGGACCCUCACCAUGGCAACGGGCAGUUCACGGAGAAGCGCGUGUAUCUCAACAGCAAACUGCCUAGUUGGGCUAGAGCUGUUGUCCCCAAAAUAUUUUACGUUACAGAGAAGGCAUGGAACUAUUAUCCCUACACAAUUACAGAAUACACAUGUUCCUUUCUGCCGAAAUUCUCCAUUCAUAUAGAAACCAAGUAUGAGGACAACAAAGGAAGCAACGACAGCAUUUUUGACAAUGAAGCCAAAGACCUGGAGAGAGAAGUUUGCUUUAUCGAUAUUGCCUGCGAUGAAAUUCCAGAACGUUACUACAAAGAAUCUGAGGAUCCUAAGCACUUCAAAUCUGAGAAGACAGGACGGGGACAGUUAAGGGAAGGCUGGAGAGACAGUCAUCAGCCCAUCAUGUGUUCCUACAAGCUGGUGACGGUGAAAUUUGAGGUCUGGGGGCUUCAGACCAGAGUGGAACAAUUUGUACACAAGGUGGUCCGAGAUAUUCUCCUGAUUGGACAUAGACAGGCUUUUGCAUGGGUUGAUGAGUGGUAUGAUAUGACAAUGGAUGAUGUUCGGGAAUACGAGAAAAACAUGCAUGAACAAACCAACAUAAAAGUUUGCAAUCAGCAUUCCUCCACUGUGGAUGACAUAGAGAGCCAGGCCCAAACAAGUACAUGACAAUGGAUGAAGUCCGAGAAUUUGAACGAGCCACUCAGGAAGCCACCAACAAGAAAAUUGGCGUUUUCCCACCUGCCAUUUCUAUCUCCAGCACCCCGCUGCUGCCUUCUUCAGUCCGCAGUGCCCCUUCCAGUGCUCCAUCCACACCUCUGUCCACAGAUGCACCAGAAUUCCUGUCAGUUCCCAAAGAUCGGCCCCGGAAGAAGUCCGCCCCAGAAACUCUUACACUCCCAGACCCUGAGAAAAAAGCCACCCUGAAUUUACCUGGCAUACACUCUUCAGAUAAGCCAUGUCGGCCCAAAUCAGAGUAACUUCAUAUGAAUAUUUCAUGGGGUUUUAUAUUUUCAGUUUUGUUUUUCUUUUUUUUUUAAGACUCUUCUGAUACAGAAAAAGACUGUUUUGUCACUCAGACGUGUUCCUUUGAUCUCUUGAGUGUGCAUGUGGUUAAGUAAUUUCACAUAUAAUAUGAGUCCCUAAGUAUGCCACACAGCGUCAUAUUAGAUGUAAAAUGAAAAACUCGCAAAGGACAGAAGGAAUCUUCUGUAGCCACAGCUGGAUGCCAGGGAGGAAGCCUUGUUAUUGGGCAUUUGAGGAGGUUGGCAUCGACGUCAAGGGUAAAUAAAUGAAAACUCUGCACCACUGUGUUACAAGGUGCAGUAAAAUAGUGAAGUCAGAUUCCUCCCAUCAAGCCUGAAAUUCUCAAAAAUAUUCUCAGGUGUAACAUACCUACUUGUUAAAUUUUGAACUGCUCAUUACCAAUACUUGAAUACCAGUAGUUACUGAGAUUCCUAUUUUGAUUAGUCUGACUCAGGAUUUGGGGCCUAAUUAACUCUUUAAAAUUGGGGGAAAUUUUAAUUAUCAACCUGUAGAGGCUCCAAGUGCAAUUAAUGAUAACUUAUUUAUACCUUUCACAGAAUUUAAUAAAGAUUCCACUUGUUUCUGUCUUUUAAUAACUUUCCCCUUUGUGCCCUUGUGGCCUCAGAAAUCUUUAAGAAUUAUGUGGAUGAAUGUGACCAUAACUGACUGAUUUUUGAAUGAUUUGGCUUAGGAACCAAGAGACCCAGGUGAGGCAAAACAUCUUCUUUUUCCUACAGGUACCAACGAACCUUGACCUGUCGACUUCCAUCAUCCAUUAAGAUUCUCAGAAUUUGUAGUUAAUUGAGUAGAAUUCACUGACUAUUUGCCCAUUCAAAGAAGUUUAAGGGUAGAGAAAGCUAACUGGACUUUAACACUGUCAGAAUUGUCUCCCAUCCCCCUCCUCAUUUUACCCUUAAUGACAUCCAGGCUUCCCUGGAAUCGAUUGCCCAUCUCCAGACCUUAGAAAAGAGUGGCAUUCUCUUGCUCCUUACUUGGGAAUGUCGCAGAAGUCGAGCAGACAGUCAAGUGGGAGGAGAGAAUGCGCAGGCUUGCUGACUCCAAUAUGUAGAGUGAAAGGAAGGAGUGAUAAAAGAUGCCCCUCUGUCUAGCUUUCUUUUCUGCGAGUCGUGGUAACGCAAGAUUAGAAUCAAGGUUGACGGGAGACAAGAUCAUUCACCAAAGUGGCGGAAAGAGAACUCUCCUUUGACCUAAAGAGAAAAAACUCUGCCACCUUCGCACCUCACUGCCUUUAAACACAGAAGGAAGAGCAAACAGAAUCUAGCAUUUACUUCUGUCCUCUGAGAGAGGAAGAGAACAAGGUAAUUGGGCAACUCCGAGGCCCCAGCUAGCCUUCCUGACCAUAACCUCCAACCUCAGGUAAGGGACCUUCCCCAAACAGAUUCCAAAGGACACAACACAGACCAAGGAGCGUAUCCUCCUCCUCUUACACAGCCUCUCAGCCAGUGGACCCUGCCUGCUUCUCUCUCUCAGUGCCCAGCACUCUGCAUAGUGUCUUUCAAGUUGACAAACUCUCCCAAGGUGCAGGUGCUGGCCCCAGGAGCCCAGCACCAAGUGUUCUAAGUCAUAUGUCAGAUUGUCAAGAUCAUUUCUUUAUCUGUAGGUUAACAUUUAGCUUAGUAAAUAAAUAAACAAACCCAGAACUCAAAGGAAACCCAUUGCAAAUAGCUUAGAUCAACAGUGCAUCUCUUCCCUAAGAACGAUAGCACCAUAGUAAGACACUUUUGCAUGGUAUGGUAGCAUGAUUUUUGCUUGUGGGAAAACUCAAAUCUUUUAUCCAGACCUCUUGGACUUCUCAAUGGCUCCCUCUCGACCCAGUAGUACUUAACAAGAACGUUUGGCUUUAGAAAGCAAAAUGCUACUUUUCAGAAGACACUGAUGUAGUGUGUGUAUUUGCUUACCAUUUGCAAGCUGAAAUCAGGUGGGGUGGGGUCAUUAUUUUCGCAUGGAAUGGAUUUAUUUUGUGCAGGCUGGUAACACAUCUGGCACCUAGUUUUUCCACUGAUGCCUUUGCUGUUUUCAGUUUUUGUAGAGUAGCUUCUGCCACCAAGGUCAACAAUUCUUUAUGCUUUAGAAAGCUAAUUUCUCAUUUCCUACUGUGAGUUUUCUUUCUCUUAUAGCCAGCACAAUACCAACGACAUUAUGCAAAGCUACCAAUGAUCGUGUGAUUCUUAGCCAACAAAUAUGUGUGCUUUUAAAGUAUGUUCAGUUUUUCUGUCUCCAUGUGGUUUGUGUGCAUUUUAAAAGGGGGGAGGGGUGCGGAUAUUCCUUUGGCUGCUUUGAAUAUUUAAUCAAGUCAUCACAGGGCAUAAAUGACUUCAAUAUUUUAUCUGUCUUGAUUUUCAAGUGUCAUUUCACAGUCUCCGUAUAUGAAUUUGUUUAUUGUGGGGUACAAGCCUGCGAUGAAUGUGUAUAUAGACCAUUAAUAAUUCCUAUAUGGAUGGAAAUUAAAUGGCUGCAUGAUGGAAACAGAAGAAAAAAAAGCAGAAACUUGAAUUCAUUAAGCAUGUUUGGGGAAACAUAGAAUCUUAACUCAGUGCCUCUGUCUGCAAUGUGGAAACCUUCAACUUUGUUCACCAAAACUGUAUUAUACCUGUAUAUAUAUAUAUACAUAUAUAUAUAUAUAUAUAAUGUAGUAUAGUGAAUCUGACACCACUAGUUUUAAGUCUCUGGUAGCCAAAUUAAAAUAAGUAAUCCACAGAGUAACACAAAUGUUCACCCCAUCUUCAUCUUUGACAUUAAGUGGAGAUCAUCAAAAUGAUGAUAAAUGUCCUUACUUUGAAUGGAUUUCCAGUUACGAAAUGCCCCCAUGCUUUCCGCUGGCUGUAGCACAGCCUGUGGCCUUAGCUGUGCUUUCCCAGAAGAAGAAGGUCUCAGUGUUUUUACUGCAUAAACUUUGUCAGAAGUCAGCUCUGAAGACCAUUAUAUUUUCUUGCUUUUGGGCUGUAAUAAGACAAAGCAAAGAAAAAGCAUAACAACCAAGGAGUCCAUGACAUUUUUUGGUUACCACAUUAAAAACAAAACACUGAGUUUGCUGGUGAACUAAUUUAUAAACACUUCCUGUUUUGGUUUUGCAUCUGUGUGUGGGAAAAACGGUUUUAAUUUAUUUGGAGGUAUUUAUUAGCCAGGGUUUUGGUUGUGAAAAUAAACCUCUAUAAAUAGCACAAUUAUGUGCAUAUAAGGCAGACACUUAAAAAACCCAGCAAAGCCCCCAAAAGUAAUGAUGUGGUUUUCUUCCAAGACACUGUAAUAAACAGUGACUUAACAGAAUAGAUUCUGACACUUCUCAAGAAAUCAUUUUUCCAAGAAAAUUUCAAGGCUAAUGUAUUUAUGUGUAUUUUUAAAUAUUACUUUCCUUAGCAUCUAAUCUAUUCAUGGUUCAUAGACAACAUGGUCACUGGCUGGCAUAGGUCAAUAGGAAUUUUACUUUUCAGAAGAGUCAGAGCACCAUUUACUUUACAUGUGAUGUGUACUUAAAUAAUCACAAGAGAGGAUUGUUUAAAUAGUUUUAGUCCCUUUCUGACCAUCUGAUUCAAUAGGUUUGGUGACAAUAUGCCAUCUGAGCCAUAAUUCUUGAAAUUAAAAAAAAAAAAUCUGUCCAGUGACUGCAAUUGAUCAGAAAUAGGCUAUUUAAAACUAUUCUUUCCUGCUGAAACUGAAAUGUUACACAACAGCACAACGAUGAUAUCUGGAGGCCAGACAUAUCAGAUUCUUCUGUGUUCUACCUUCAAAACAAUCUGUUUCCUUUGAAAUGUAAGUGUUUAAGCUUUUUAGGCAUUAGUGCAAUAAGAGAAUGUGAAUAUAUUGAGACCUUUCCAGAUGCUGUUAUUCCUUGUAAUUUUGUUGUUACGUUACCAAAUGGCUUUAGGGUAAGCCUCUCAGUGUUUUUGCUUAAAACCGAAAGCAUGUGUGUUGAAUCGCAAGUCUCCCUUUAGUUUCUGUGUGUCACCAAGGAGAGGUUCUUUGAGUUGAUGUUAUACCUAUGCCACUUAGAUGUAGCUUCAGGUGUCAUUUUUAGUGUUUACAUUUCGAGCUGGGAUCUUGAUUAGUUAAAUGAGUCAGGACACCACUGCCACUGCUGAAGGACCAAGCAUUGAAAUGCACAGUGUCACUGACGACACUCAGAGCAAACAAAAGUUGAUCCUCACACGUGCCAUCCUCCUGUGUCAUUUUAUGGCUGUUUUGUGUUUUUUUUUCCAAGUUAUUUAUUAUUGAUAAUGACUUACUUUUUUCUUACAUUCUGUUGUAAAUAAAGUACAAAGCAAUCUCCUUUCCAA